AUGAGCUUCAGAUUACCUGCUAACAUGAUCCGGACAUCCCUCCGCACGCCAGCCCGCCAGAUCUUACAGCGUCGUCUGGCAACGACCGAACCGGAAGGGAUCACCUUUUCCUCGAAAGCGAGUCGCCCGUCUACGUUGAAAUACGAAGCUCCGGAAGCCGGACGAGCUUAUAUGGCCGCCAAGUCUGGUGUAGCUCCGACUGCUCCGGCGGAGGGUCGAUAUGUGAACGGAGUCAAGCAGGAGGAAUCGUUUGCAGGGCCUAGUCGGCCUAGGAUGGUUUACGAUCGACCGAAAGAGGCCAGACCGUUGCCUCAGCUCAAGUCAAACUGGAUGAUGUAUACCGCCCUUGCUACACUAGGACUCGGAGCAUGGGCAGCUUUCCUAUUACACGCUACCAAUGCCGAACGACUCUCUUCCUCGGUCCUCCGUCAGAUCACAUACCAGCUCAGGAAUUCGGAAGAGAUUAAGCAGCUUCUCGGUGAUCGGGCACAUUAUGCUGAGAAUUGGUACGGCUUCGGUGAACCGUGGAUCUCGGGUAACGUGAACUUGUUGCAAGGCAAAGUAGACCUCAAGUUCAGGAUCGAGGGUAGCAAGGAGAAAGCGACGGUUUACUUUACGUCGAUCCGACCGACGGAGAAUGCAGAGUUCCAGAUCGUCCGGUACAAGGUCAUCGCUGACGAUGGCAAGGUGGUACAACUGGCUUGA